AUGACUGCUCUUAAUCUUGAUAGCGGAGCCCAAGCGAGCCAAACUCCCAUCGUCGACCAGCAGCACGUUUCCUCGCAAACUCUCAAAUUUGAGAUCCCUGAACACUAUCGCGAUUUCUUACCCUUUGCCCGCCUGCCACCGGAAAUACGAGCGCAGAUAUGGCAAAAUACCCUCGAUACCCCGGGAAUCCACUUCCUCAAGAUCAGCCCCGAAACAGGCACUAGAAGAUGGUGGAUGAAAGAGUCGUAUCAUCCGGCUGCCUCUGAAGACGAAGAAACUGAUCCUAUGACGCUGGAAGUCAAAAACGAAAAGCUUCAGCCUCCCAUGCCUCCCAUGCAGGCAACAUUGGAGCCUCUUUGCCCCACUAAAGCCGAUAUCUCCCAUUAUACCACCUUGCACAAGCAGAUCGCCAAAUUGACUGUCACGUGCAAUGAAUCUGCCUCUAUAGCAAGAAGCCUAGUAAAUCGAUCAACGGCCUUUCGUUUGCAUUCUGGAAGGCUUGUGAGCCUCAACCGGUCAGAUGUUAUCUACCUAGAAUACCUCCCUUGCGAUUGCUACGAAAACGAAAUCUGCUUCACCAAGGCUCUGAAUUGCCCGAGGCUGGAUCAGAUACGCAAGGUCGCUAUGAGGUAUUGCCAUAAAUGGAAUGAGCGAAAAGUGCAACAACGAUGCCUCCAUUGUGGUCAGCUUCACGAUAUACCCGGCAACCUCACGUAUCCGAAGCACCUAUACCGAUUUCUGGCACAGUAUCUUCCUAAUUUGGAGGAGUUCUACUUUGUUGACUAUUUGAUCCUACCGAAGUCUCAAACCGCAGCUGGCGCAGACGCUACGGUAGUGGCACGAGGAACCUCCAAAUUCGAGGGUGGAAACAGAAGCUUUUUCGAAGUGGACGACGAGCAAAACUGGAAGAUCAGUUCUCGCGUUCUUGAUUGCAAGUCUUGGUUACAAGGACAAUUUAUCAAGUAUGCCAAAGCGAGUAUACUCAGCAGACACAAGGGACCGGAAGAGGUCAAAUUUGGAGUCCUGGCAUGCCAGUGGCGCAUUGAGCCUCCCGUGGCACCAGUUAAUAAAAAGGGCAGAAAUAAGAAAAGGCCUCGGACACUGCCCCGGGGACCAAGUCUCCCUAUCGCACUGACGUACGAAGUAACAGCCCGUUAUCCGUUCGUCUUCGACGCGUGUGGCAGCAACAGAUACGAAUUCACCUUUUCUAUAACCCUAUGA